AAUUAUUUUUACACAGAGUAGAAGGAAUGUCAUCUCCGAGAUACGCAUCGAUCUCUAGCAUAUGCAUGUUCGGUGGUCGUGACAUAACUGCAACAUAACCAAGAAAAAAGUUGUGGAGAAAAAUAUUUAUUGUUUAUGAAGUGAUGUACAAUGUCCUUAACGCGAGAUAAAAAUUUCAACGGAAACUUCGACCUGAGAUGGAGCAUCUUCCAAAUAGAGAAUAUAUUAUGGUUGGAGCUAGCCAUAGUUUGAAUCAAGAAUCUGAUCUAAAGCUGCAUUCCUAGGAGUUUCUAAUAGCAACAACAAUGGCAAAUGACUUAAUAACAAGAGGAAAAGACAGACUGCAAGAAAUUAGUAUGAAAUUAGAACAAAGCCAUUUGGCAUAUUUACAAACGGAUGAUAGUCCAUUAAAGUUGCAACAGCGUCACAAAUUAGAAGGUUUUAUUAAAGAAUACCUUUGCCUUGUUCCGAACGAGAAUAAAUAUGUUUUUCAAGAGACUGCAGAUAUAUUGCAUAGAUCUGCAGCCACUCUACAAGACUUUAGUGGUUACAGAGCUGCAACUGCCUGGAGUGCAAUUUCUUUGUACGCUGCCAAUCUUUUGGCUCAGCCUUGGAGAAAAGAAUAUAGAACGUUAAGGACCUAUAGUGGAUAUUAUAAACAUGAAGUAGAGGCAAAUUUAAUUGGAGCAGAAUUAAUGUUUGAACAAAUGGGAUAUAAACACACAGGAUUGGGUGUUCUUACUUUGGAAGGUCCUAUAGACCCUGAUAAGGUAUCCAGUGUAAGCAGGGAUGCUAUAGUAGCCUUUGUUGAGUGUCAGAUAUUAAAACAAAUAUGGGAAAACGUUUCUCAAAACUGUACUAUCUCCUGGCUGGAGGUUUUAGAGUUCAGAGAAAAUCAUGUUGGGACACCGGAGCAGGCAAUUAGAGCAUUGAAUUAUCGUUUUCUCGAGAAGAUGCACCAGAACCGCACAAAAAUAGAGAAUUACAGGGACUAUCAUUACGCCCAACCUACAUGCAUAGAUGCAGCGUCACCGUCGGUUCCUUAUCACAUAAUGCCUCCUAAUUAUAACAUGCCUGUGUCGGCUUGUCAAACUGAUUACAGAUAUAUUGAAGACACAAACACGGCGCCCAGAUAUUUUCCACCGAUAGAGCAUGGCUUCAUGAACAGAUGCAGCGCUUACGGAUGUUUGCCGCAUGGAAAUAAAUAUUUAAGCGAUGUUCACGCAAAUUCUUAUUACGCUACGAUGCCGACGUAUUCGAGAGUGCCUACGGGUAGAUUAAUCGAGGUGGAUAUGCCUGUCUCUGUUACCAAUUACGAAAAACUCCAUAACCGGAAAUCGUCUCAUCGAAUACCGGACUUAGAUGAAGUAGAUUAUUAUAGAAAGCAGUCCAGCGACGGAGACCAUUGCGAUUAUGGGAAGGUUGAUAAGAAAGCGAAAUCAAUCAUUGAUAGAAAUAAUUAUGAUUGGGACUUUGUGUACAGAAACUUAGAAAGUCUAGGUUACUCUAAGGACCUCGGAGAUCGAGAGGAUAUCUUGCAUAAACGAGAUUGCGAUUCCAGAACGAAUAAACAAAAGAUGUUGAAGCAAAACCAUAACGAUGAGAAGCACAGUGGAUAUCGAUUCGAGAAAAAGAGAAGCAUGAGAACCGAUGGAAACAAUAUCAACUUAUCCGUGACUAACGGUCGACAUUAUCAUCAUGAUACGCUACCAUUUAAGAAGAAGUCUUCGUCCUUCGACUUAACCGAUUCGAACAGGUAUCGUGUUGAUGCAGCGUUCGAGAGUCACCUGUCUUCGCACAAUAAGGAUAAGAAGCAUGGCAGUCAGACACUUCCAAUUCAGCGGUCUCAUAGAUCCUCCGAUCAGAUCGCAAAGAUUGCAGACACGUUGAAGAAUUUUGAGUUGUCUCAUUCGCAAAAGGAAGAUGAUAUGGAGAUGGAGAUCAAGUGGAACUGUGCCACUUGUACAUACCUUAAUUCAUCGUCCAGAGAUAUUUGUGAAAUGUGUGGAAAGUCUAAACAUAAAGGGAACGAAGAUAAACCUUUAGCUAGCGGUGGGAAAGAGUGUCCAAAAUGUACAUUGGUCAAUGAGCAGAAUGUCUCAAUUUGCGAAGUCUGUGGUACCAGUUUAAAAGAUUCACCUACUUACAUAUAGAGAAAUUAUUCAAAAUGAAUAUCUUCAUUUAAUAUUCCAUGUGUUUGAACACAAAGAGAAAUGGUAAGUACAUUGCCUGGAUACAUUACACUGUCCUGAUAUAUAAAUACGUGUAAAGUGUUUAAGAAAAUUAUGUUAACAUUUAUAAUGCUCGUAAUGAUUCGAGUUAGUGUUAACGAUUUCUUUUGAUCGCUUUAUGUAGGAAAAAUUGAAAAAGUACUAGGACUAUUCCACUCCAAGUGAUCAUGCUUUUGGACAAAUGAGAUUUUUUUUUUUAAUUUUGUAAACUUUUAGAUAUGUAUUUGCAAAUGAGAAGUCCAUAAUUCGUUCUUCAGUAUUGUUUUAAUUCUUCAAAUAAGUCUUGAAAUUUUAAUAUAUACUUUUUUUGUUACUAUUCAGGAUAAAUAAUUUUGUGAUCAUUCGAUGUGGAAUACCCUAUUACCAUAUUAAUCGAAUUUACAAUGUCUGAAAAAAGUAUAUAAUGGAGAUAUAAAAAUUAUUUAUUUAAAGUCGUUCGAAUAUAGUAGAUUUGUGAUAUGGAUGUAUUAGUAUUGUGGUAAUAUUGUGGUGGCCUAUUACUUGUUUGAAAGAGGGUAAGAAUGGGCAUGUGCGGAUACCAUUUUCUGUCGGAUCAAGUCGUACAAAAAUUUUAGGUAAAAAUUUCAGGUACUUUUGACGAAGUAUAUAUUUCAUUAAACGAGUUGCAACAAAGUUCAAUGUCCAAAUAUAUUUGGGUCUCUUUUUCUACGUUACAUGUUUUUUUGUAACACGUUUUAUUUACGUUAACAUUGUUUUUUUUUACAUAAUUUUAUUCCAACACUAAGAAAACGAGUUCACGCUUUCACCGAGUAAAAGGAGACUCAGGUGUAGGAACAUAAUUGAAAUGUAAUUAAACCUGUAUUGUUGCUAAAGCUUUAAUAAACAGAUUUGAUUCGACAAUACAGUA